GUGCACUUAGUCAGUAAUAUGAACAUAAACCGCUAUCACAAUGUUGUUAGUUUACGGUCUGCUCCUACUGAGUGUCCAAAUUGUGUUACAGGCGCGACAAUGUUACGGGUUCACGCUGAGUUGGGGCCGUAAUACACAUCGAACAUGCAGCCCCAUCAAUAUGUUAUGUACGCAUACGGAGCAGUGCUGUUCUGGUGUCUGUGUUCACCGGAUUUACAUUUACGUGAUAAAGGUGAAGCAGUGUACAAUGCUGGAUCACCUGGAGCUGAUGAGUCCUGAAGAACAGCUGACAUACUUGCAGAGUGAAGCUGUCCGUGACAACCUCACCAGGCUGGGAGGACGAUUGAAAAUGGUGCAAAACCCUGAGGAUAUUGACCCCAGCCAUCCCUUGUCACUUAUUACGCUGAACGAUGGUGAAGAUAUAACUAAUAAUGGAGAAGUUAAGGUUUAGUUUUAAGUUACGUAAGUAAACACAAGGUAUCAAGGAGUAGGAAGUC